AUGAGGGGGACCUCGGGGGUGAAGCGGGUGGGCAAGUACGAGCUGGGGCGGACCCUAGGCGAGGGAAACUUCGCCAAGGUGAAGUUGGGGCAGGACGUGGAGAGCGGGCGGCGCGUGGCGAUUAAGGUCAUGGACAAGGACAGGAUUCUGCAGCACAGGAUGGCGGACCAGAUAAAGCGCGAGGUCUCGAUAAUGAAGAUGGUUCGCCACCCCAACAUCGUCCAGCUUAUCGAGGUGCUGGCGUCGCGCAACAAGAUCUUCAUGGUGCUCGAGUUCGCGGCGGGCGGCGAGCUCUUCGACCGCAUCGUGUACCGCGGGCGGUUGGCGGAGAUCGAGGCGCGGCGGUACUUCCAGCAGCUGGUGGACGCCGUCGACUGCUGCCACGCCAAGGGCGUCUGCCACCGCGACCUUAAACCGGAGAACCUGCUGGUGGACGAGCGCGGCAAUCUCAAGGUGUCGGACUUUGGGCUGAGCGCCCUGCCGCAGCAGCAACACCGCGACGGGCUGCUGCACACCACCUGCGGCACGCCCAACUACGUCGCCCCUGAGGUGCUGCACAACAAGGGGUACGACGGGCGCAAGGCGGACGUGUGGUCGUGCGGCGUCAUCCUGUUCGUGCUGCUGGCAGGCUACGUGCCCUUCGAUGAACCCGACCUCGUGCUGCUCUAUGACAAGAUAUCCCGGGCGCAUUUCAAGUUCCCUGAGUGGUUCUCCCCCGGGGUGAAGCGCCUCAUCACGCGCAUCCUCAACCCCGACCCCGCCACCCGGCCGGGGCUGGCGGCGAUACGGCGGGAUGAGUGGUUUCAGCGCGACUACCACCGGGCCUACCCGCUGCCCGACGACACUGAGGGGCAGGGGGGCACUGAGGACGUGCUGCUUCAUGCCCGGCUGCACCCGGUGGCGGAGCUGUCUGUGCGGGUGCCGCACUCGCCCUCCCUGCAGGCGUCGCUGCCCGUCUCCCUCAGCCCGCGCACCACUGCAGCAGCCGCACCUCCGGCAGCAGCAGCGCUGGGUGGUCGUGAGGCACAGGCAGGGGUGGCGGAGGAGGGGCGGGCAGGGGGUGCAGGAGAGGGGGGGGCGGGAGCGGGGGCAGGAGAGGAGGGACCGGAGUGGAUAUUUGAGAUGACGCCGGGGGUGUUCAUGGUGGAAGCACGCAAGGCUGCCGGCGACACCCUCGAGUAUCACAAGUUCUAUCGCAGUCUGGUUGCACGGGCCAAGGACCUGGUGUGGCACCCAGACGCCGCUGCCGCCCUGCCAGCAUCACCAGAGGCGCCACUCGCAGUGCCGCCACCACUGAUCCCAUUCCACAUUCCUAAAUCACUUCAGUUCAGAUGUUUGCAUAGAUACGCAGCUAACGCAUUGCUUUUCCGGUUUGAGCUAGCAAUCUAUCACUUCGACGAAUUGAAAGAGCGGCCAGCCAUGAUCAUGUGCCCUCGGAGCUCGUCCUUCGACGGGGCCGUCUCAGUCUCUUACCGCCCAUCCGUCCCGCACCCACCUAUUUCGCCGUCCGGAGUCGAGUCGCCGUCGCGGCUAGGCCAGAGCCGUUUGGACGACGUGGGGAUGCGCUCGCUGGAGAGCAAGCUUGAGCUGCUCCACGCGCAGCGAGAGCUGAGCGCCCUUCGCUGCCAGACGUUCAUCGACCAGAUCGAAUCCGCCUUCCAAUCCCAACCUCCCACUCAAGCCGACCGACUCGCACGCCGCCCUCCCUCCGUGCGGGCGCGUCGCGCGUCGCUCGAUCUGUCGAGGGCGGAGAGCGCGCAGUUGGCGCAGGAGCUGCGGUUCUACGAUGAGCCGGCGAGGUUCGCCCGCUCGCACUCCCACAGCGCCAGUGCCAGUCCAGCCGCCGCAGUGCCGCGUCCGCGAUUCCCGCGCUCCAAGUCGCAUCGCGGGCCCAGCCGAGGCUCCUCCCCCAGCCCGGCCGCUUUUGUCCGCCGCCACUCCAGCCCUGGCGUCGCCCGCCACUCCCCCAGUUUGUCGUUCUCAUCAGCUGGGACGGACGGGCCGGAAGGCCUGAGCUGUAGUUUGGGGGUCCGCGCGAGCAACGCAGGUGCGCGCGAGUCUUUCAUGGUGUCGCGACCAAGUCUCAAGGACCGCCUGCCGUAUUCGAGACACGGCGACGACGUGCGGGAGGCGGAGAUGAUGGCGCAAGAGGCGACUCGAUGA